UAGGAAUUGGCCACGUGGAGUCUCAUUUAUGAGGAUUGUUUUCCAGCGACCUGCAUUCAAGGCGUUGGACUCGGUCUAUACAAUAUACUGUGAUGGUAUGCAAAUCAUGAGCAGCAUGAGUAACACCACGGGAUGUGAAGGCAGAAACGCAUUCUUUUUAGAACGUGCCAGAAAAUUCCGGUGCCUGAAACAAACCAAUGUUGCAACUCAAUUACUUCCAAAUGACCCAAUCUUAAAGUUUCCACGUGAAGGAUUGCCAUUUUAGAGUCCUUGUAACCUUUGAUUGGUUGUUGCUUACAUGCUUAAAUCGGCGCUGGCAUGAUUUCCUGAGUCCUAUCACAUGACGUCCCGAAAUAGCCUCGUAUGCGCAAACAACACACAUAACCGCGUUUAGUACUAAUCCUGAACUAGUUAGGCAGAAGGCAAUGGCUUACGCGGCACCAAAGGUGAAGUGGCGCAAGCCAAAGACGUUCCGCAACGACGUGAUCGCCACGGCCAAGGCCACAGGUUGCGUCCAGCGCUUUUGGAACUCGCUGCUGGUGGGCGACGAGCUGACGCUGGCUAGCAUAGCGGACGAUGACGAGUACGCCGACUUGAUUGACGCCACUUAUGACACCAGCGAUGUAGAUGAGUGGACCAACUUCAGAUAUAACUACAGGAGCUUGAGGCUUUGGUCGCUGACAUACGAGCAGGAGCUGACGACGCCGCUUCACAUUACGGCCGGACGAGGCUUCACCGAGUGCCUGAGACUGCUUCUGCAACGGGGAGCCAGUGUGGACCUGGCGCCGGGCGGCAUCACCGCCUUGCACGAGUCCUGCGUCCGCUGUGAACCAGAGUGUACCAGAUUGCUGCUGGUCCACGGUGCCGACGCCAACGCUGUCUCGGAUGACGGCCAUAUGCCUCUGCACUUGUGCUCCAACCCCGAGUCCUUUGAAUGUGCCAAGCACCUCCUUCAAUACGGCGCUGCCAUUAACGCACGCACUGCGGACGAAGACGACACUCCCUUGCACGUGGCAGCCAGGAACGGGCUGACGGAUCACGUGGAGCUCUACCUGCGCUACGGCGCCGCCGCGGACAAAAAGAACCACGAAGGCCUCACGCCGCUGAACGCCGCCUGCUCCCAGCCGCAGGAGCUGCAGGACCUCCAGCGCUACUUGGGCUUGUGCCGGAUUCUGAUGAAGGCGGGGGCCGACAUCCGCUCGAUGGACCAGGACAGACGCACGCCCCUGCACAUGGCGUGCAAGAAUGCCAACGCGGACUUGGUGGAGCUGCUGUUGGCUAACGGGGCCAGCGUUAACGAAAUGGACUACGGCGGGGAAGCCCCCAUGCACAACAUCCUCAAGGUGGUUUGCUACAAACUUGCCCAUAGUCCCGAGAGGGUUGUCCGCGCUCUGCUCAACCACGGCUCCAUCCGAGUGUGGCCUGGAGCGCUUCCCAAGGUUCUGAAGCACUGCUCUCAAUCUCCGCGCACCAUCGAAGUGCUGCUCAACGCCUACAGUCAACUUAAAGUCACCGACACCUGGGUGGAGUCUGUACCCCCUGAGGUCUUUGAGGAGCACCGGGAGUUCUACGAGUCAGUCUUCUCCCUAGCACGGACUCCUCGUUCCCUGCAGCACUUAUCACGCUGCAAACUGAGGGUCUUCCUUGAGGGGAGACUUGACAAAGUGGUACCUAGACUAGACCUGCCCACCAUUAUUAAGAACUAUUUGCUUUUGGAUUACAGAGGUUAUAUCCACUAAUUGGGUACUUUUAAAAAAAAAGCUGAUGAAAGGGUUUGCUACUGCUGCUACGGAUCAAUAUUGCAGGAGUUUGAUUGGUCUUCAACCUUUAUGCACGAUAUAUCUUGCACCACGAGAGGGCGCUAGAGACUUGAUGUGAUGAACUAGUGCCGGUGCACUUCUGUUUCCGUCCAUCUUCGAUAGCGCCUUAUCUUCGUUUCUAUAUUAAUCGUGUUUUAUCUUCGUGCUUGACGAGUUUCUCUCAAGUUUUUGUUCAACGUGUAAAUGUUCUGAUUUUAAUGUCCUCUGUGUGUUUUCUGAGAAUUUAACUAAGGUUUUUUUUCUAGCAUAAACGGAAAAUAAAUGGAUGGAUGUAUAUUUGGCAAUCCAUUUGGUUGUCAUUUUUCUCUUCAUAUUUUGUCUUGAAUUUUUUUUUUGCUAUUUUUUUCUAUUUUCACGAAUGAAUGAAUACCAUGAAAGAGCUCAUUACAGCUCAUACUUUGAGUACUUUGAUUCAAUAAUAACUCGCACAAUGGUAAUGUUUUGAGAGUGAGUUAUUGGCUAUCAUUAUUUGUAAAUUAUAGACAUAAUUAAUUAAAUAAAACCAUGCAUUAAUUGGAUUCAUUGA